AUGGAUUCCCAACAGCCAAAUAAUGGAUUUGGACUACUUUCGAAACCUCGUGGGAGCGGUGCCGUUUUCGGCGCUUUUCUUGUGGUCGUUGUCAGUGGUGCUGUCCACAUCGUAAAUGCGAUCGCCUUUUUUUCAAUCAAGGAAAGCAAAGAUGAAAUCCUUUUUUUGUUCUUUGGAGCCGCUCUUCUAACCCUAAGUUUAGUCCUUAGCGAGUUAGUGCGAAGAGUGUGUCUGGUUAACGAAGAAAGACGACACAGGCACACUCGAUACGAAAGAAGUUGGAAGAAACUUCUCAAUUCUACUUUCACUUUUCGAUACGGCCAUUCUAUUUUGGUCGUUGGUGUUGUGGCCUUUCUGACAGUGUCAUCUUUUGUCUUGUACUACGCCUUGUAG